AUGAAGGACUUGGUCUCUGUCUUUAUCGGCCGCAUCAGUGUAUCUGUGCUCCGACCUCCCAACUACCAGCCUCCAACGACCUCUGAUUUACUCUUUGAGCCACACCAACGACAUCAGCGUUCAACUUCUAUCCUGCGCAGAGACGAGAAUUCAAAAGAGGUCCGGCAGUCCAUUGACACAUCCGUGACAGUCGCCAAGAUGGGCGACCACGAGCACGCUACAAUCAAGCAUCAAGACCAUCUCCUCCUCGACCAACCCCUCCUCCGCCUCCCGUACGAGCUCCUCCGCAAGAACUUCCGUUCCGCCCACUUCACCGUCGAGAAGGAGUCUACAGCUAUCAAGACCUUGCUCAAGGAGACCGCCACAGCGUCGGUGAACAGCCGUGCAUCGCCCGACGAUGUCCUCCACAACCUCGAUAUCAUGAUCGCUCGCAUGCGCGGCGUCAAGCGCAAACUCACAGCCCACGCCGAGGAAGAGGCUCGUCUUACUCGUCAGUCCGGUGCCCGCAUCUCCCAUCUCGGCGACCUUUACGGCAUGCACUCCGUCGAUGACGUCAAGUACGAGGCCUGGAGUCGCGCCCGCCUCGACCGCUUGCUUGUCGAUUACCUGCUUCGUCAUGGCUACAAUGAAAGCGCCCAGGCACUCACUACCGAGCGUAACAUGGAUGAUUUGGUCGACGUCGAGACCUUUGUUCAGAUGAGUCGCAUUCAAGAAUCACUCAGGGGAAAAAGUGUCGUCGAGGCACUCGCUUGGUGCCAGGAUAACAAAAAGGAGCUACGCAAGAUGGAUAGUAACCUCGAAUUCAUGCUUCGCUUCCAGCAGUAUAUCGAGCUCGUCCGCACCCAAUCCCAGCCCAAGCUCCUGGAGGCCAUCACCCACGCGAAGAAAUAUCUAGCUCCUUUCAAGGCGACGUAUCCAGACGAGCUUCGUAAGGCCUUCGGUCUACUGGCCUAUCCGCCGAACGCCGCCAACGCCGUGUACUCAGACCUCUACAGCCCAGAGCGCUGGAACACGCUCGCCGACCUCUUUACCCGCACCCACAAUAGUCUCCUGGCUCUACCUUCAUAUCCCCUCCUCCACAUCGCUCUCUCGUCGGGCCUUUCGGCCCUCAAGACCCCGGCCUGCCACUCCCUGAACUCAUCGCACGUCGCCGCCGACGCUAACACGGCUACGAAUGCCUCGGCUACCGCAGGCACGCAGUCCGUUUGUCCAAUAUGCUCAACAGAACUCAAUGACCUUGCCCGUAACGUUCCUUACGCGCAUCACACAAAGAGUUACGUCGAGCAUGACCUGCUGCUGUUGCCGAAUAGUCGGGCAUAUGGCAAGGAGCGCCUCGAGGACUACGCCAAAAAGUCCGGCUUACCACCAGACCAGGUUAAGGAUUUGCGAACCGGCGAAAUUUACCCCAUGGAUAAGCUUAAAAAAGUGUUCAUCACGUAG